AUGUCUUAUUCCCAAAAUUCUCCCUGUGAGCGACUCCGCGUAUCGGGAAAUUCGAUAGUCAAUGCGGCUGGUGCUCAGAUCAUUCUCAAAGGUACGGCACUUGGAGGAAACCUCAAUAUGGAGAACUUUAUCACGGGCUAUGCCGGUCAUGAGCACGAACAUCGCAAUGCGCUUGCGGCUACAGUUGGUCAAGAUAAGGCAGACUUCUUCCUGCAUCGGCUUCUUCAUUAUUUCUUUACUGAAUCGGACGCCGCCUUCUUAUCCUCACUCGGCCUGAACUGCGUCCGGCUGCCUCUAAACUAUCGUCACUUCAUUGAUGAUCAAAACCCUGGUACACUGAAGCAAGAAGGGUUCACAUUUCUCGAUCGUGUGAUCAAAAUUUGCGGCAUAUAUAAUCUUUAUAUCAUCCUCGAUCUCCAUGCCGUCCCUGGAGGACAGAACCAAGACUGGCAUUGCGACAGUGGCAUCUCAAAAGCCCUGUUCUGGGAAUUUCGUGUUUUCCAGGACCAGGCCAUUGAUCUUUGGAAAGCCAUCGCCGCACGUUAUAAGAAUAGCCCCGUGGUAGCCGGCUACAAUCUUCUCAACGAGCCUGCAGACUCCAAACAUAUGCGGCUUAUUACUUGGUAUGAGCGCGCCGAGAAGGAGAUUCGUGCAGUAGAUCGAGAUACAAUUCUCUUCAUUGACGGCAAUACAUACUCCUCAGAUUUUAGCCGCUUUGAGCGCGUGCUGCCAAAUUCCGUGUAUGCCUGUCAUGACUAUUCCAUGUAUGGGUUCCCCAUUGCAGGACAGGAGCUCUAUUCGGGAAGCGAAGAGCAAAGAAUGACGCUCCAGAAUCAAUUCGAUCGAAUGACGACUUUCAUGCGUGAGAAGGGAGUGCCUAUUUGGAAUGGCGAGUUCGGUCCUGUAUAUGCAGAUUCGCGCAACGAUCCGGAAGCGGAGACUGUGAAUAACUGUCGCUUCAGAGUGCUACAGGAUCAAUUAAGCAUAUAUGCAAAAGACAAGACCAGCUGGAGUAUCUGGCUCUAUAAGGAUAUCGGUUACCAGGGAAUGGUGUAUGUUAAUCCAGACUCACCAUAUAUGCGCCUCGUCAAACCUUUUGUCGAUAAGAAGCGUAAGCUUUCCCUUGACUACUGGGGCUGUAUGGACAAAGAGGAGAUAAGAUUAGUGUACCAGCCUUUUACCGACAGGCUAAAAGAGAUGGUCCCGAAACAUUUGCACAGGAUUAUAUAUCCUCACGAAUGGCCCUUUGAGCGACACCUGGAGAGGGUCGUGCGAGAGUCAUUGUUGAGCGAGUAUUUAGGUUGGGAAUUUGCUGAGCUAUUCCAGGGAAAGACAGAACAUGAGUUGGAUGAAAUAGCUAGGAGCUUCCUUUUUGAGAACUGUAUCAAGAGAGAAGGGCUUAAUGCUAUUCUGAAGCAGGAUAUUGCGACGAGUAUUUGA